AUGGCUUGUGGAUCCGAGAAUUACGAUGAUUGUGACAUUUUAUCUUUGGAAGAAAGAGAGUUUAAUGUGAAAUGGAGCAGAUUCUCUGAAUGGCUGCAUUGUAUAUGUGUGGUAACCUUCGACCUGGAGUUGGGUCAGGCAAUGGAAUGCGUUUAUCCGCCAGGAGUUAAAUUAACGGAUCAAGAAAAAUGUAAUAUUUGUUACUUAGCGUUCCCGGAUUCAAAUUCAGGUUGCAUGGGUGACACACAAUUUCACGUAAGACUGCGAACCCGUGCUCGACUAACGCCACAGCAGUUAAGUUAUAACGAAGAUAGCGUUUCUACACUUCGUGCGGACUCCACGCAUUACUGGGGCUUCGUUUAUUUUCGUCAAGUCAAAGAUACUUCGAUACCGCGUGGAUAUUUUCAGAAGAGUAUAAUUCUAUUGACACGAUUGCCAUACAUCAAUUUGUUUUACAAAGUGAUACAGUUAAUAGCACCAAGACAUUUCGAAGAUGGUGAAAGAAGUUUAGAAGCCGCUUGUCACGAUAUUAAUCGGUGGCCGCCCCUUGACGCGGGUCAUAAUUUUCUUUUACCUGUCCUAGGAACUGUUUUCCAGUCUUACAUCCCUAAUCAACAAACUGGUAAAGUUAUGAGGUCAGAUAUAAUAAAACAAAUUCAUUCACCAAAUAUUCCUCAUAUAGUGGCUUCUAUUCAAGAUGUUAAUGUAUUUGAUGCUUUGUCCAGUGUGAUUUCUCAUUUACAUUUAUUAUGGGAGUUAGUUUUGACGGCAGAGCCUAUUGUUGUAAUGGCAAGCUCUCCUACAGAAUGUUCAUCCCUAGUACAGGCACUUACAUACUUAAUCCAGCCUCUCUCAUAUUCAGCGGAAUACAGGCCAUACUUUACUAUCCAUGACAGUGAAUUCAAGGAGUUCACUAGAAAACAAUUCAAUCCGCCAUGUGUAAUACUAGGUGUUACAAAUCCAUUCUUCACAAAGACCUUACAGCAUUGGCCGCACACUAUUAAACUGAGUGACUCAAGUUCAGUUAAAACUAAAUUAAGAAAAGUUGGUAAUAUGAAGCAGUUAGAUACUGCGCCUGGCGUUUAUACUCAGUACAAACCAUUUUUAGAGAAAGACAAAGCUAUCAUUAAGAAACUUCACAAUGGUAUACGAUCUGAUCGCCCGUCAGAGGUUCAAACAGCAAUGGUAAAGAGACACCUUCUAGAACUUACUCAGAGCUUUAUGAUUCCAUUGGAAAGAUACAUGGCAUCAUUAAUGCCUCUUCAGAAGAAUAUAUCACCAUUCCGAGCAGCACCAAUUCCAAAUCCUUUCAAUCCCGAAGACUUCUUCUCUACCCUACAGCAAGCUGGACCCCAUUUGACAACAGGGAUUAAAGGAGAUUGGAUAGGCUUAUAUAGAAACUUUUUCAGAACACCAAACUUUAGCGCAUGGUUUCAUGAAAGGCAUAAGGAUCUUACAAAUAAACUACAAGCAUUACAAUUGGAGGCAUUAGCUGGAAGUGACUUGAAGGUAUGGUCGGUGGGUAAGAAAGAGGUUGAAAUCGUAGAUAUGGUGUUAAAACUGAAGGAAGUUUUGAAAAAUGAUGUUCCAGUGGCUGGAAAUACUCGUACACUAUUGUCGAGACAACUGGAGGAUCUUAAUGGUGUACUCGCUGAGGAUAUGAAGUCGUUACUAAAUGCAGCCUCGUGA